AUGAGUUGGGACAACCAUUCCAUCUACUGUUGGACAGAUUCCUCCAUCACCUACACUUGGGUUAACAAUCAUCCCUCGCGUUGGAAGGAAUUUGUGCACAAUCGAGUGAAUUUCAUCCAAGAAGCUCUACCAUCGGCUCAAUGGAGGUUUGUCCCUGGCAGAUUAAAUCCAGCAGACUGUGCCACUCGUGGAUUAACACCGUCCGAGCUUAUUAAUCACUCCCUUUGGUGGAAUGGCCCUUCCUGGUUGGCUCAACCCGCUGAAUCUUGGCCAAAUGAAGUUCAAGCUGACUUCGCGCCUGAGAACCUGGAAGAACGAUUGGCAAAUAUCAACGUCAUCGCCCUCAUCCCUGAGCCAGUACUUCACCAUCUCUUCAACCGAGCUUGCACUCUCACCCGACUCAUUCGAGCCACAGUAAUCUUUGAUCGAGCGGUUGCACGAUUCAAGAAACAAUCGUCUUCCUCAUUGCUGACCAAUCCCAUCUCGCUUGGAGACCUCGAAGAAGCUCGCAUUUAUUGGAUAAAACACAUUCAAAGCGCCGUCUUCGCUCAAGAAAUUGAAAUGCUGAAGAAAGGAGAACAGUUGAGCAAAAAUCAUCCGCUCAUCAGACUGACCCCCUGGCUCGAUCCUGCUGGCAUAAUGCGUGUUGGUGGAAGACUUCAAAACUCCAGCCUCAACACUGAUGCACGACAUCCGAUCAUCUUGCCCCGACGCCAUCAUCUCUCUGAUCUAGUCAUCCUUGACGCUCAUCUUAAAACUCUGCAUGGUAGCACUCAGCUUACCCUGGCAUAUGUCAGAAAUAGUUAUUGGAUAUUAGGAGGUCGAGCGCCUAUACGAUCACACAUCCUCCGGUGUGUACGUUGUGCACGUUUUCGUCAAGAACGUGCCCAACAAUUAAUGGCACCUCUGCCCGCACCUAGAGUUAGACGUUCUCGGGCAUUUGAACACACUGGCGUCGAUUACGCUGGCCCAUUCAACAUCAAGACCUGGCGAGGCAAGAAUGCCAAGACUUAUAAAGGUUAUCUAGCUCUAUUCGUCUGCUUCUCCACAUCCGCCGUCCACCUAGAGCUAGUCAGUGACUACACCACUGACGCCUUUAUUGCCGCUUACAAACGAUUCACCGCACGUCGAGGAAUAUGCUCGGUGCUCUACAGUGACUGUGGAACUAAUUUUAAGGGUGCUGACAAAGAGAUCAGACAGCUCUUCACCGCCGCCACCAAGGAAUCCAUGGAAAUCGCCAACCUCCUCGGUGGCCUUCGUACUCAGUGGAAGUUCAAUCCACCUUCCGCACCUCAUUUUGGAGGCAAAUGGGAAGCAGGUGUGAAAUCUGUCAAACAUCAUCUUCGACGUGUAAUUGGCGAUCGGCUUCUGACAUUUGAAGAGAUGUCCACGUUGCUUACACAAAUUGAAGCUAUCCUCAACUCCCGACCCCUCUGCGCCCUGACCGAGGACCCGGAGGACCUGGAAGUUCUUACCCCAGGCCACUUCCUAAUCGGAGAAGCCCUCAACGUGAUGCCUGAGCCCUCACUUGAGCUACUCAAUCCAGGAAGACUCUCCCGAUGGCAAUUAAUCCGACAAAAUCUCGACAGUUUCUGGGCACGUUGGUCAGCCUCCUGUUUGCAUCGUUAUCAGGCCAUCUUCAAGUGGAAUCAACGCUCUCCCAACCUAAAAGAAGGCGAUAUGGUGCUAGUGGUAGAUGAACGAUAUCCACCCGCCAAGUGGCCUCUGGGCCGCAUUACCAAAACUCAUCCUGGUAAUGAUGGACUCAUCAGGACCGUCACGAUUCGCACGCAGACCUCGAUUCUCGACAGACUGAUUGCCAAGGUCUGUCCUCUACCCAUCAACGAGGAAGUAAUUUAA